AUGGCGUUGCCCAGGAACUCACUCACUCACACACAAAUGCAAGAUAAGGAGACAAUAGUAUUUCCGGCGACGAACGCCGCGGCCGACGCAACGGCCUUCAAGCUGGAAGAUCCUGAUGGGAACUUGUACAGCGUCAAAGUUUCACAAGAUCUGAACAAGUUAGUUUUCAGGUAUGGAUGGGGGGCACUUUGCAGCGCUUAUGAACUGGAGCAGGGUGACAUGGUGGUGUUCAGAUACAGUGGGGACUCCCACUUCAAGGUCCUCAUCUUUGAUCCAAGUGGAUGCGAGAAAGAAUUCUUCCGCAUCGUCAUGAAUCCCAGCUGUGGUGUCCGACAGCGAGUCAUUCCUCAUGAACAAACUCCAUCCGGGGAAGGGUUAGCGCGGCAUCGAACCGGUGAACUGAGCCACAGCAGAAAAGCUUCAAAGAUGACUCCAGCAGACUCACCUUCACAGAGAUCAACUGAAGAAAUGACAUAUCCAGAUGAUACUGUAAGCCCCAUGGAUUCAGGUGUCCUUCAAACAUCCUCCGGAGCGCGCGCUAUCUUAGCAAAGGGAUGCAUCCUGACUAGUGCGCAGAAGGCGAAACUCGACGCAUUUGAGAAGAAAAUCAGGCCUGGGAUUCCAUUGUAUGUCACAAACAUGAACAAGGCCAAUCUGUCUAAUGGAUAUAUGGUCAUUUGCAAGGAUUACUCUGACAAGUACCUCCCACAUGAAGACCAAACCAUCACGCUGUGCCACUCUCCUGGUAGCAGGAAACGGGAUGCGAAUCUGAAGAUCUCCGCUGACGGCGCGUACAUCUUCUCCACUGGCUGGCGGAGCUUGGCUCGCGGCAACGAGUUGCAGGACGGCGAUGCCUGGGCACUCGAAGCAUCGAUGAGCGAGGGGCGAGUGACAGUGUCGGUCCAUCCUCUUCACGGAAGCCACAAUCCACCAGAACUAGGCGCUUCACCGCCCCUGCAACUAGACACCCACCCAGGUUAUAUGGUGAGCAAACACACAAACCUAACGCCGGAGCAGAAGAAGAGAGUCCACGACAAACUCCGGGAAUUCAGGCUAAAACCUUCGUCUUUGUGACGGCCAAAAAGCGUGGCAACGAGAGCAUGUGCUUCAACAAGGACUUCGCCAUGGAGCACCUCCCCCGGGUGCCGCAGACGAUGCGGCUGCGGCGGCCCGGCGUGAGCUGCAGCUGGGAGGCUGAGCUGCAGGUCAGGAACGAGUGCAAGGUGCACCAGCUCUGCCGCG